UGUGGGGUGUAAACUGUAUGAGAUGGGAGGAUACUUUGCAGGGGAGCCCCACCCUCUCCUGUUACACAGACUGCUAGCAGAGAGAGAAGCAAACACACCUGGACAACCCAAAUCUGUGGGAUAUUCACAUUUGCACAUAUAUGCAAAAAAGAGAAAGGUUCUCCUGAAGUCCCUUCUCCCCUGCGUCUCCAGGGGGCCUCUACCAUGAUGAAGCUGACCGGUGCUAUUCUACUUCUCUCGUUGGUGACGCUAGUCCACGGUGCCUGCUCUCUCAAUGGGAGGAACAGAGGAGACCUCUAUGACUGCCCAGCGGAUGUGUACAUUGUUCUGGACACCUCAGAGAGUGUGGCACUGAGGGCCAAGCCCUAUGGCUCCUUUGUUGAUCAGAUCAAGCAGUUUGCCCUGGACUUUGUGGACCAGCUCAAUACUAGAUACUACAGCUGUGAGCGUAACCUGACGUGGAGUGUGGGAGUGCUGCACUACAGUGAUGAGGUAAAGGUGAUGAGGGAGCUGACCAGCACCAAGGAGGCCCAAGGAAGAGCUCAGCUGAAGAGAGCUAUACAGGACAUUCGCUACAUCGGCAAGGGAACCCACACCGACUGUGCCAUCUCCGUAGCAACUGGGCAGCUGAUGACAGGCUCUCCUCUCCAUGGCAACAAGUACAUGGUGGUGGUGACAGAUGGCCACCCACUGGACGGCUAUAAGGAGCCGUGUGGCGGGGUGGCAUACACCGUGUCUGAGGCCAGAGCCAUGAACAUUAACAUCUUCAGCGUGGCUAUCACUCCACAUCACCUGGACAACAGACUUGGUUCCAUAGCAACAGAUGUACAACACACCCAUAACAUGUCUGCUACUAGUGAUGACCUGCAGGUUGUUAGGAACACCAUCAGCUCCAUAGUGUCUACCAUGUAUAAGGAUUCUGAAUCUGUGUGCUGUUCGUUCGAGUGCAAGGCUCCCCUGGGAUCUCAAGGCCCUGCUGGUGCAGGAGGGGGCGCGGGAACUCCAGGACGUCAGGGGGUUGCCGGGAGACCGGGAAGUUUGGGAGCAAAGGGGACUGCAGGUGACCAGGGGCCCCAAGGACACAGAGGAGAGAAGGGUGACCGUGGUCCUACUGGUGACAGAGGUCCAAGAGGACCAUCUGGACAAAAGGGUGAGAAAGGAGCGGAUGGAGUGGACGGGAAGGAUGGCCUUGUGGGGGACUCUGGGGUCAUGGGCCUGCCUGGUUGUAGAGGAGACGAGGGGGCAGAGGGGGAGCCAGGUCCUCUGGGGCAGAAAGGAGAUGAAGGAUCUUAUGGAUUACCUGGACAAAAGGGAGAGAUGGGAACACCUGGGGAGCCAGGGGUUCCUGGAGUGUCUGGAGCCAACGGAGCCAAGGGGGAGCCUGGACCAAUCGGAGGACCUGGAAAUAAGGGUGACCAAGGAGACCAAGGGGACUUUGGACCGUCUGGAGCGCCAGGCACAGAGGGUGUAGGGGGAGAGAGGGGACUGAGAGGUGCUCCAGGAAUAAGAGGUGGUCAAGGGGAGACGGGUGACACAGGCUCUGCUGGAGCACAGGGUCAUGAAGGUCAGGCUGGAGACGUGGGUUCACAGGGUCUGAGUGGAGUGUCUGGGCUCAAAGGGUACAGAGGAGAGCCAGGACCUUACGGGCCUGCGGGUGUUAAGGGCCCCAGGGGGCCUCCAGGAGCACCAGGAGAUGCAGGGCCCAUUGGGAAAAGGGGUGAUGCUGGAACACAGGGAGAAGGCCAACCUGGAUAUCCAGGGUUCCAGGGAUACCCUGGUCUGAGAGGACCCGCAGGUUUAAAGGGCAUCAGGGGAUUCACAGGGCUGAAGGGUGAUGUCGGCCUGCCAGGUGAUCGCGGUGAUGAUAACAACCAGCCAGGUCGUGGAGGACUCCAGGGGCCAAAAGGAUACCCUGGUCUCACAGGAGAGAAUGGAUCCCCAGGCCCAGUGGGCCAUCCGGGGGCAGACGAAUGUGAGAUCCUGGAGGUCAUUCAGAAACUCUGCUCAUGCUGUGAGUGUGAGUGUGAUCCGGUGAAGCUACUCUUUGUACUGGACAGUUCAGAGAGUGUUGGGCUGCAGAACUUCACCCUGGAAAAAGAGUUUAUAAUUCGGAUCAUCAACAAGAUUACCAAGUUCAGCAAAGACAAGAAGGAGCUAGGAUCACGAGUGGGUGUAGUUCAGUACAGCCAUGACGGCACCCAGGAGCUGGUAUCUAUGGAGGACCCCAAGAUCACCACAGUAGCACAGCUCAAAAGCUCGGUGAGAAACAUGCGCUGGAUUGCCGGUGGUACGUACACGGGAGAGGCGCUGGAUUUUGCCCGGCAGGCAUUCGGCAGCUCCCAGCUGGACCGGAAGGUGGCCAUAGUCUUGACAGAUGGACGGUCAGACACCCGCCGGGACGCCAAACCGCUGUCCUCCCUCUGCUCUGUGCCCAAUAUAAGGGUGGUUGGCAUAGGCAUAGGUGACAUCUUCAGACGGGUGUCCUACGCCACCAUGCUGGAGGAGAUCACCUGUCUGGGCACAGCCUCACCUGGACUCUACCUGAAGAUUACAGACCACGUGCAACUGCUGGAGGACUCCUUCUUCAACAACGUUACUGGCUAUAUCUGCCAAGAUAAGAAAUGUCCUGAUUACACCUGUCCAGCCAACUUCCAGGAAGCUACAGACAUAGUCUUCAUGUUGGACGGCUCCUCCAGUGUGGGCCAGGCCAACUUCUACAGAGCCAGAGAGUUUGUUGAGAACAUGGCCACCAGGCUGCUGUCACAGGACCGGGGAGGGCUGCUCCGCCUGUCCGUCAUGCAGUACAGCGAUGGGCAGCAGCAGAGAGUGGAGGUGCCCUUCACUGCCAGGGUUGAUGAUGUGCUAACGGGGCUAGCAGCUACGCUCUACAUGGACGGGGCCACCGACUUACCGGCUGCCCUGGCCUUCCUGACCUCCACCCUCCAGAGGGAGGGCCGCUCUGCUGUCCCCAGGAAAGUGGUGGUGUUCACGGACGGCAGGUCUGUGGCCUCUGCCCGGGCUGCUAUCCCCAGAGCCGCCGCCGCCUCUCUGGCAGAGAACACACAGCUGCUGGCCAUCACUGUGGGCGAGGGCUUUGACGAGGCGGGCGUGUGCCAGCUGGUGACGGGACAGGCGAACGGGUUUGAUUACCGCGUCGUGGAUAGUCGUGUCCACCGAGUGGCACUGUACAGUGACCUGGCCAGACGGGUGGUCAUGCAGAGCCUGGCUAGAAAGCUCUCUAAAGCUCUCUAAAGCUCUCUGAAGCUCUGUAAAGCUUUCUGAAGCUCUGUAAAGCUCUCUGAAGCUCUGUAAAGGUUUCUGAAGCUCUGUAAAGCUCUCUGAAGCUCUGUAAAGCUCUCUGAAGCCCUGUAAAGCUCUCUGAAGCUCUGGAAAGCUCUCUGAAGCCCUAUAAAGCUUUCUGAAGCUCUCCAAAGCUCUGUAAAGCUCUCUGGAGCUCUCUAACGCUCUUAAAGACCUCCCUACUACUGAACUGUCUAUGAAUUGUCCUGUUGUGCCAUGUAUUAGGCCAUUAAGAAAUUAGAUAGAUACGGUGCACAUUUUCUACUUUUGUGUUUUCCUUAUGCGUUUGAGGGCCUCCUGCUUUUCAUGUGAAAUAAAAUGAAUAUGUUUGUCAUAAGAAGCACUUGGGUAGAUUAAUAAACGUUACGCUGUAA